GUUACUUGACACGUAAACGAAACGUAAAGCGAAGCUGUAAUAUUUUUUCAAGUGUCUUAUACAAAUCUUUGAAUUAUGGCUCGCUAUUUUCGCGAGGAAGAUAUAGAUGAGUUCAGAGAAUGUUUUUAUUUGUUUGCAAGAAAUGGCCAGAUACGUACCCUGGAUGAACUCACAAUCAUUAUGAGGUCAUUGGGAUUGAGUCCUACUAUUGCAGAGUUAAAUAAAUAUUUAAAGGACAAAGGUGGGAAAAUGUCCUUUGCCGAUUUCUUGGAAGUUAUGCAUUUACAAACAAGAGCAGAAGACCUGCCGAAGGAAGUAAUAGAGGCUUUUCAAGCUGCGGAUAAAUUUAGGACCGGUACCAUACCUGCUAGACAGUUAGCACACAUGUUGCUCCAUUGGGGUGAGCAAUUAAGCAACAAAGAAGUGGAACAAAUUUUUAGAGAAGCAAACGUGUCUCCAAAUGGACAAGUGAAAUACGAAGACUUUGUCAAAAUAGCUUGUGCACCUGUACCUGAUUAUUAUUAA